CCAGCAACCGACAGACGAGCUGGAAAAAAUGGCGGCGGAGGCCUGCAUGGCUGGAGGAGACUCAGCGGCGGCAACAGCCGCAGCAGAACCGAACCCGGCCUGGACCGAAUCCGGCCUCUGCUUGCAACGCUACCUGGCGCGGCUCAAGGCUCUGCAGCUCGACCCCGAUCCCAGUCAGGCCCCGGGAGGGGAGAACGUCGCCCGCCGCCGUCCCGAGCUCCACCUGCUCUUCGACGAGCUCAUGUCCGAGACCUGCGGCCCGGGGGGAGCGGCGCCUUGGGGGCCGAGGCCGGAGGACAUUUGUGAACUAAUUGUCCAAGCUUGUAAACUAGUCCAGCUUAAUCAAGAACAUCUUGUCAAUAAAGUGUGCCAAUUAAUUCACCAGCUGCUCAACAGAUUCCAGGUUGCACUUGAUGAAGAGAGUCUGAAUUAUCUGAUGCCUUAUUUCAUCUCUGCUCUGAGAAAAUGCAGCACUUGGACACAUGUUGAAAUUCUGCAAGCCUUGGCAGCCUCUGUCUACAGCAAUGGACACAAGUGCCAAAAGUAUCUCCCAGAUUUGCUGGGGGAAAAUGGACUUCUGAGGCAGUUCAGCAGCCCAGCUGAAACUGAUGCUGAACGGAAAAGGGCCGCGAUACACAGCAUGGCAAACCUGUGCCUCAGCCUACCUGGACAACCCUACCUGGAGGAAUCUUACAGAGAGCUCUGCUUUCAGGCUUUCUUGAGCCUCUUACAGUCUUCCAAAGAGACUGAAGUAGAUGACAUCACCUUUUGCAUGCUGUUACAAAAUGCUUUGAAGGGAAUCCAGUCGCUCUUAAACGGAGGAAAGAUGAGGCUGACCCAGACUGAUCUCCUUGGUUCCCUCCUGGCUGUGUUAAAGAAAUGCAUGUUUCAUGGACUCCCUGGAAUUAACAUAGAAAUGCCCAGCAUCUUAUAUCCAGCACUCCUUCCUCAGUACGACAGCCGGUCACCCAUCGAGCACGAGAAGUUGGAGCAGAACAGUGUUAAACUGAGCGGGAACAGGAGGAAGAAACCUAAAGGCAAACCGAAGAAAGGGAAGCCGGAAGAAGCAGCAGGUGCCGCAAAAGAGCAACCAGUGUGUGCCGAAGGAAGCAGAGUAGAGAAACCCUCAUUAAAGGAUGAGUUCUCGCAAGAUCGGGACUCUAAGAUGACAAACUGGGCAUUCAGUGAUAAAUACCCUUCCCUUGCGAAAGAGCGUUUACCUUCCCACGCUUUCAGCUGGAAGAGAAUCAGCAGCAGUGACUCAGAAUAUUCUGAUGCGGAAGGUGGAAUGCAGAGCAAAACAAGGUCUUUCCAAGCUAAAGUUCGCCAAGGGGCUUUAACCUGCUUCCUUUCCGCUGUGAAAUCCAUAGAGAAGAAAGUCCUCUAUGGUUACUGGUCAGCAUUUAUUCCUGAUGAACCUGGAAUAGGAAGCCCACAGACAGUGUCUUUGAUGACAAUUGCUUUAAAGGAUCCUUCCCCUAAGACCCGGGCCUGUGCUUUUCAAGUUCUCUCCUCCAUUUUGGAAGGUUCCAAGCAAUUCCUGUCCAUUGCCGAAGAUGCCAUUGAUCACAAAAGAGCAUUCACACCCUUCUCGGUGAGCAUUGCGUCCAGCAUCCGAGAACUUCACCGGUGUAUGCUGUUGGCUUUGGUGGCCGAAUCUUCGUCCCAAACCCUCACCCAGAUAAUCAAGUGCCUUGCCAAUCUGGUGUCAAAUGUACCGUACAACCGUUUGAAGCCUGGUCUGCUAUCAAGAGUAUGGAACCAGAUAAAGCCAUACAUUAAACAUAAAGAUGUUAAUGUUCGAGUCUCGAGUCUGACUUUACUGGGUUCCAUCGUAUCGGCUCAAGCCCCUUUGCCCGAGGUGCGUCUCCUUUUGCAGCAGCCCGUCUCUUUGGGGAUGAGCGAUGGCACACCCACCCUGCUGCUUCGUUCCGGUGCACCUGAAUGGCGUAGAGAACCUACUCUGGUCUCAGGAGAACCACUGCUUGCCCCGGAGAAGAUGCCAACUGAGCCCUGUUGGCUCCUGCGUCUCUGCAUCUCUCUUGCUGUGUUGCCCCGAGAAGAUUGCUAUUCGGAUAGUGACACCAGCUGUCUGUCAACGGUUAGCGCCUAUGAGCCCUCGCCAGUUCGCCUGGAGGCAUUGCAGGUUUUAGCGCUGCUUGUGAAGGGCUAUUUUAUUCUUGCUCAAAGCUGCUUACUAGAACUUGGCGAAGUGGCUUGUAAAUGCAUGGAGGAAGCAGAUCCAUCACUUCAGCUCCAUGGGGCAAAACUUCUGGAUGAACUUGGAGUGGGUAUAAUACAACAGUACAAGCCAGACCUAGUUGCAGAUCAGCGGGUACCCAUUGACUUGGUUGUGACAUUCUGGACAAGGAUGCUGAAUGGACCUUUACCAGCUGCCCUCCAAAAUGCCGAGCACCCAACUCUCCAGACCAGUACAUGUGAUGCCCUCUCCUCUAUUUUGCCCGAAGCUUUUAGCCGUCUCCCUGAUGACAAGCAGAUCCUUUGCAUCACAGUCCUUCUGGGACUCAGCCACAGUGAGAAUCCUCUGGUGAAAGCCGCAGCUUCACGGGCGCUUGGAGUGUAUGUUGUCUUCCCGUGCCUUCAGCAGGAUGUGAUGUUUGUCGCUGACACAGCCAACACAAUUCUGAAUUCGCUCAGUGAUAAUUCUCCGAAUGUCCGUGCCAAAGCAGCUUGGUCUUUGGGAAAUCUGACAGACACUCUAAUCAUCAACAAGGAGCUAAUGGGACAAAGCUUCCAGGAUGAAUUCUCAGACGUGUUACUCCUGAAAAUGUUACGAUCAGCAACUGAGGCAUCGAAAGACAAGGAUAAGGUCAAGAGCAAUGCUGUCCGAGCCCUGGGAAACCUCCUUCAUUUUCUCCAGCCGUGCCACAUCGCCAGUCCCAGAUUCAGCCAACCCAUUGAGGAAGCCAUCCAGGCUCUGACUUCGACGGUGCAGAGUGAUGCCACGAUGAAAGUGCGUUGGAACGCCUGCUACGCCCUGGGAAAUGUCUUUAAAAACCCUGCCUUGCCAUUGGGAGAAGCCCUUUGGACUGGCAAAGCCUAUGAUGCUCUCACGUCGGCGGUCAAGUCCUGCAAGAAUUUUAAAGUCCGCAUCAAAUCAGCCGCCGCUCUCUCCGUGCCAUCUGAGAGGAGGCAUUAUGGGACUCCCAAGCAGUUCUCCCAGAUUUGGGAUGCGCUGGUGACCGCUUUGCAGCGGAGUGAGAAUGCCGAAGACUUCUUGGAGUUCAAAUACAGCGCUAGCCUCCGAAUGCAACUCUGCCACGCUCUGCUUCGUCUGCUGAGCCUGGCCGAGGAGACAGACCUACCGGACAUCAGAAGGAGUGUGAUCGAGCAGGGAGAAAUAAUUCGGGUUUAUAUGUUGCAGUAUAUGAAAUCAGGAGCUGAAGGUGAGGAAGCUGGAAUAGGAGAGACCAUUCCUGAAAGGGACAGAAUCCUGGAAAGGGCCAUUGAGCACGUGAGAAGGGUGGAGGAAGCCUCUGAAGGCUGCCCAGUGAAAAGGGGGAUGUUGGCUUACUUAGAGGACCUCUUGAAAACCCACAACUGUUCCACAGAAUUCACCAAAGCUUAAGCUGGCAAGAUAAAGAAGAAGCCAGGUGUUCUGAUCUAGGCUUCCUGAGACAGUAAGAAGCACACAAUUAGUCCCCAAACCCCUCCUUUUCUUUCAACGGCUGUGAAUUCUGUUCAUUCACAGCCCAUGAUGAGUCACAAAUAAUUUGUCAAGAGUCCGACAGACGUCUGCCACAGUCCUUUGGGAUAAGGCUGAUAAGCACCCACCUUUAUUUCCCUUGACACACUGCCAAAGACCUAAUUGGCAAUUAGCUUUGCAAGGCCACACGGAGCACAGAGUCAAAACGGAGCUUCAGAAUUUAAACUGACCAGCACAAAGAAAGUUGCUUCCUGCAAAGGCUCACGUGCCUUUGCUCCUCCUUUAUGUCUUAUGGGAGGGGCCAAUCAUCUCCAAGCCUUACUCCCAAGUUGCCUCUUUUGUCUUAAAUGUUCUUGCCCUCUGGCAACUCUGCGCAUACGCGCACUGGGAAUUGGCUCCCCCUGUUCCUCUGCCUCUCUGAUGUCCAAUUCUGGAGGCUCUGGAGUCAGCAUAUAACUCCCAGAUAGCCCUGGCCCCAUCUUUGCCUCCGACGCAGAGGCCUCAUCUAAGCCUUCUCCAGACUCCAGGACUGGCCCAUGUUCCUCCCCAGCCUCCUCACUAUCCGACUCUGCUGCCAGCUCCGGAGGCUGCCGGCGGAUCACAAAACCAGGCCAGGCCUGUGCUUAUUACGAACAUCUCAAAAAGAAGAUUAGAGAGGAAGACAACAAAGGGAUCAUCGUACCACUCAGCCACUGUCCUACCGAAGAAUUAAAAAGUCCUUUUCGGUGGCUCCUUUCUCCUUUCCUUUUUAAUCACAGGGACAGACUUCACAGAGCCCCUUUUAAUAUAUUGUAAACAUUUGCCUUACCAACUGCCUCAUUUCCGAAUAAUUCACCCAAAUAACAUUAGCGAACGGCAGCAAUUGGGGAAAGGAUAUGGUGGCUCAGUGGCUAAGACGCUAAGCUUGUCGAUCGAAAGGUCGGCAGUUCAGCGGUUCGAGUCCCUAGUGCCGCGUAACGGGGUGAGCUCCUGUGACUUGUCCCAGCUUCUGCCAACCUAGCAGUUCGAAAGCAGGUAAAAAAAUGCAAAUAGAAAAAUAGGGACCACCUUUGAUGGGAAGAUAACAGCGCUCCGUGCGCCUUUGGCAUUUAGUCAUGCCGGCCACAUGACCACGGAGACGUCUUUGGACAGCGCUGGCUCUUUGGCUUUGAAACGGAGAUGAGCACCACCCCCUAGAGUCGGGAAUGACUAGCACAUAUGUGCGAGGGGAACCUUUAAAAUGAAGAAAAAAAAUCAAGGAGCCCUAUAUUAACAUUCUCUAAAAAUAUCAUUUUAUUCCAAUGAAGAUUAAUAAAUUACUCGGUUCUAAACAUG